AUGGCAUUGUUAGGACUCCCGCUCGAGCUGAUUCAAUGCAUCAUCAAAGAGACAAUCCCCGAGUCCGUCGAGAAUGUCGCGCUCACAUGUACCUCCUUGCACAAUGCAAGCAAGAUCUAUCUCGGCGAGCACAACCGCCUUAGAAAGAGAUACAAACACUUCUCUUACUCAAAAUACAGCCGGGAAGUGCGAAGGGGGAGGCCGAGGCGGAACUGCCAGGGGCAUUGGGACCCUAUCACGCAGGAGACUGGCGUUGAACUUCAGGGUGCUACCGAACUCAUUCAAGAAAUCACCCGCAACCCAGUGAUUCCUCGAUACAUCCAAACGGCCGACCUGAAGGGUAAUGUGGGGAUGACGAAUUACCCUGAUGAUAUCAUUGAUGAGGACUACGAAGACCCGGCGCGUCAAUGCCAGCCGAAGUUUCCGCGUAUCACACAUGAAGCUGUCAUCAGCCAACUCCGGCAUCUUCUGAAUGACUCACCUUAUGUCAUGGAAGCUAGUGUAGAUUCUGAGGCUUGGCUUUCGGGGAUGCUUGACGACACGUCUGGGCAUGCGGAGGUGUUGCUGCUGACGCUUCUCCCCAAUGUGCGUGAGCUUGCGCUGCCACAACAUCGGGACCAGCUCCCCGGGAGAAUUUCAGGACACCUUCGCUAUGGUGAAGAGACACCACGUUCCAAUAGGAAGAUCAUCUGGCCCGUCUUGGAUGCUCUUGUGCGGCGUGCGAACGAUCCGACGAUUGCAGAAGCUAGUCUUUCCAAGCUGGAAAUUUACAAACCGUUUACGGGGACUGGGUAUGAAUGCAGGAACGCGAUGACGAUCAACGCGCCUUUCCUGGCUAUCAAAUCCUUACGCGAGGCUUACAUAGGCGGCUGCAUCGCACUCGAUGAUGGAUAUACUGGAAAGCCAUUCGACCCCGAAUACCCAGAUUACAGUCCACGCCUUGAGAAGUUGGAGCUCGUGGGGUGCACCUUCGGGCUAAAAGACAUGCGCGAAUUGCUUUUACGUCUGCCGAACCUGAAGUGCUUGCACUUUGCAUACGAGACGAAAUGGCACGGGUGUGGCCACAACCUUGACGCUGGCGCCAUGAUGAACACCAUCAUGGAAUGCGCCGGCGAAACCCUAGAGGAGCUCUCCGUGUGGAUGAUGGUUCAUUACGGUACCGCCGGCCGCACACUCACCGAUAUGAAGGGCUUCAAACGACUCAAGUCCCUUCAUAUUGACGGUCUCACCUUGCUGGGACCAGAAUUCGAGAAGGCCGAUGAGGACUAUGAAAUUGAAAGUGCCCCGGAUAUUUGCCCGUUGGACGAGAUGGCGGCGCCGCGAGCUCUUGAUUUACUGCCGCCAUCCAUUGAGAAGUUCCAUUUUCAGACCGAACCAGUAGGAGAUCGUCACAGGGAUUCGUCCGAUCGGCUGAAGAAAUGUCUCGGAGCCUUGUUCGAUGGCUUUAUCGAAGAGAGGGAACAGAGACUGCCAAACUUGCAAGGAGUUAUUGUUGAAGUUUAUGAGGACGACAUGGAUGUGAAUCUUAAAGAGAAAUUGGAACAUAGAGGAGCUCGGGUGGUACUCAGUCCUGCAAAAGCGGAUCCUGACUACGUGGCAGACUUUUACGACCGGUUUGGGGUGGGGAUCGUGCAUUGA